AUUUUGUACAAAGUUCGAGCAACUCAUCGUUAUACGGCCGAAGACACAGAUGAGCUUACUUUUGAUGCCGGUGAAGUGAUCACAGUGUUGGAAUCACGCGAAGAGGACCUUCUC